AUGGCCCCCAUCUCGAAGAUCCAGCCCGAUGCUCUCCGUGAGUCCAUCACGGCGAUGCUCGAGGCCUCCAAGGAGAAGCCGCGCAAGUUCACGGAGACCGUGGAGCUGCAGAUCGGUCUGAAGAACUACGACCCGCAGAAGGACAAGCGUUUCUCCGGCACCGUCCGCCUCCCGACCUGCCCGCGGCCCAACCUGAAGCUCUGCGUGCUCGGCGACGCCAAGCACUGCGACCAGGCCAACGCCCUCGGCAUGGACAAGCGCUCCGUCGAGGACCUGAAGAAGCUGAACAAGAACAAGAAGCUCGUGAAGAAGCUCGCGAAGAAGUACGCGGCGUUCAUGGCGUCCGAGUCGGUGAUCAAGCAGAUUCCGCGUCUGCUCGGCCCCGGCCUGAACAAGGCCGGCAAGUUCCCGACGCUGAUCACGCACAACGACGACAUCUCGUCCAAGGCCGACGAGAUCCGCUCGACCAUCAAGUUCCAGCUCAAGAAGGUCCUCUGCCUCGCCGUCGCCGUCGGCAACGUCUCGAUGGACGAGCGCGAGCUCUACGUCAACAUCCAGAUGGCCAUCAACUUCCUCGUCUCCCUCCUCAAGAAGAACUGGCAGAACGUGCGCUCCCUGCACAUCAAGACCACCAUGGGCGCCCCGCAGCGCAUCUACUAG